GCGGCCCGUCCUGAGGAGCCAGCCUGGGCUGGCGGCUCUGCGCGACGGCCGUAUGGGGUCCUCCGCGACUGCGCCCCGUCGUCCUCCAAGUCCUGCUCGUGUCCCUCGCCUUUCCUCCCCUCCCAGCAUUCCGUGCCUCCCCUCCGUCGCUGCGGGAGCCGAGCCCCGAGGCGCGCCCGCUCCGCUGCUCCGCCUACCCCGGGGCUCCGCGCCCUGCGCUGCCCGCUCGCUCGCCUCCUGCCCCCUGUCACCUCUCGGCGUCCCUGCGCGGCUCCCUCCUCCGCGAGUCAGAGGCCGGCAGCGCUUUCAGCAGCUUUCCUCCCGGGGUCCAUCUGUCGGGGCUUCCGCGCGCGCCCCGCCCCGACCCGCUGCUCAAUUCCGCCCGCUCCCUCGCGGCCCCGCCCCCGCCCGCGCUCUCUGCCCGGGGACGCGACCCGCGGCUCUGCGGGGCUGGGGGCGGACGGUGGGGGGCGGGCGCGGCGCGGUGAGUGUCGGUACCGCCGCCGUGUCGCUCUGCGCUUCGGGACGGAGGACGAGCCGGGGCUACCAGGUCCGCCCAGACCCGGGAGGGAGAGCGCAGGGACAGCGUGGGUUUUCCCGACCCUCGGGAUUGCUCGUGCAAUGUUCUGCUCACAGUUUAAAUUUUGUGUUUCUUCCAAAAUCUGUGCUGGUUUUAGCUGGAGCAGUUUGAAAUCAUCUUGUUUAUUUACUAGUCACAGCCUGUUGCCCUUCACCUGCCCUUCACCAUUAGGAUGUGAGCACGUCUCUAGGACAUAAGGUAGGUACUUAAGUCCUUGAUGAGUAAGUGGAUGGUAUGUUUUCUGUGAUCAAAUGGACUAACCAGACAGACUGUCUGUGUCUGAUUCUGCCAAAAUUGUGUAGACAACACCUGUAAGUGAGAGUUGAAAACAAAGCUAUUCUGUUUGUAAAUGUUUUGUGUUUCUUUACCUUGUGUGCUUUACUUCUGGCUAUUCUUUGACAAAGAGAGUGAGAAACAAGGCCUUGUGCGCAUCGCUUUUCUAGCUGUUCACAGCUUUCCUCACUGCCUUGCCCUCACCCUGACCUCAGGUAGGCAGAUACUUGGCAGGUAAUGCCUUCUUCCUUUGGGGCAGUCUCAGACGCUUUUUGCUUGACAGAAGUUUGGGGUGGGGGAAGGAAAGGAUUUCUGGUUCAGUGUUACCAGCAUGCUCAGCUGGAGCCCUGUCGUCUUUCUGUCUUAGGCAGGAAAGCAGAGUAGAAGAAGGAAGCCCCUUCUAGUUUCCCCUUCCUCCCUUCAUAUGUACUUCUUUGGUCUGUUCAGUAAAUAAAACUGAUUUUUCUCAAAUAUCUUUGCACUGGGGUGCAUUCUGUACUUGCUGAGUCCAGGAGAACCCUGGGUCUAUUGGUGUAGAGUUGAGAUCUAAUCCUCACCUCCCCAAACAGGCAGUGCGAGCCUGGCAAAGUCUACUAUCUCUCUGGGUCUCAAUGACCUCAUCAGUCUUUGCCUGUGUUGACUGUUCAGUGAUUAGGGAUAUAGACAUCUCAGAUUUUAGCUGCUGGAAACUGCUGGCCCAAACAAGAAUCCUGUGGCUUCCCCUUGGGGCCAUAGAGAGGCUGCCAGAAGCAAUGAAGAUAGUGCUUCCUGAUUUAUAUCCGCUAAGAGAGAGUACACAUCUGUUCCUGCAUCCAGCCCAGAACCCUCCAGUUCACCCUGGUUGUUGGACCUUUUGGGCCUGGGCCCAGCCCUAGACCAACCAGUGACUGUCACCUGGAGAACAGAAAAUAUUGAUCAGG